CCCACUCUCCAUUAUUCCUCCCUUCUCUCCUCCUCGGCCGCCGCCCCACGCUCCUCCUCCUCGGCCGCCGCCGUCGCCGGCGACCUCCGGAGCCGCGUGGAGAACUCUCCGGUAAGAUUAGUUUGCCGUCAGCGCGGGUAGAGAUCAAAACCUGAGCGUGGUGAGUGUGCCCGCCAAGGCGUGGCUGCAUUCGGCCUCCUGCUCCCUCUCAUCCACGCGCGUCCGCGGCCUUCCUGCAAGGCUGGUGCUGGAGGCUCAACCUAGGCUUCCAGCUCGCCACCGCCAGCCUUUCGUGCCGCCGCCGCACAGUCACUCCCUCCCUCAGCCGGAUCCUCGGUCCGCUGCCACCGCCGGCGCGGAGCUCCUCCCUCGGUCCGGUGGAGUGGCGUCGGGUGGAGAUCCGUCCUGCCGAGGAGCAAUUCCUUCUUUCCUUGAUGUUGGAGCUCAGGUAGCAGUCAACAAUGGGUGCGAUAGAGGCUGAAGAAGGUCCUUUUCUGGCUAAUGAUGCCAAGCUGCACGCAGGAAUUUGUAGAGCAUUUCUUCCUGCUGUAUCUAAGCUUUCCACCAUUUUCCCUUUCAUCGAAGCAUCAAGACCAAGAAGCAAGUCUGGUAUACAGGCAUUGUGUUCACUACAUGUCGCUCUAGAUAAAGCCAAAGGGCUUCUUCAACAUUGUGCAGACAGCAGCAGGCUCUACUUGGCCAUCACCUCGGAAACUGUGCUUUUAAAGUUUGAAAAAUCUAGAAGCCAGCUUCAGGAAAGUCUAAGGCGCGUUGAAAGCAUAGUAACAGAAGAUAUCAGCUGUAAGAUUACAGAGAUUGUUAGCGAGUUGGAGGAGAUUGUCUUUACAUUGGAUCGAUCAGAGAAGGAAGCUGGUGACGAUGUGAUUAAUUUGCUCCAGAGGAACAAUAAAACAAAUGGUUCCAGUGAUAGUGGGGAGCUUGAGGUCUUCCACAUGGCUGCUCUGAAAUUGGGAAUUACAUCUUCUAGGGCAGCACUUACCGAGAGAAGAGCCCUCAAGAAGCUAAUCGAGAAGGCUUGUUCUGAUGAAGACAAGAGGAAGGAGCUUGUUGUGUCAUACCUGUACAAUCUCAUGAGGAAAUACUCAAAAUUCUUCAGAAGUGAGGCUGGUGACGAUACAGAUUCUCAAGGAUCAUCUCCUUGCUCGCCUACAGUAUUAGGCAUGGAUGACAUGUAUGGACCCUACGGCAAUGGCCGAGCAUUCAGUAGACAGCUUUCGAGCAUUCAGUCGUUCAAUUCGAGGUUUGGAUCUUUCAAUUCUAGGCUUGGAUCAUUCAAUUGCAGGCGUGGUGGUGGUCCAAGGUCUGAAAAUAUGUCAAUGCCUCCUGAAGAACUUAGGUGCCCUAUUUCCUUACAGCUCAUGUAUGACCCAGUCAUCAUUUCAUCUGGACAGACUUAUGAGCGUAUUUGCAUUGAGAAGUGGUUCAAUGAUGGUCACAGCACUUGUCCUAAAACUCAGCAGCAACUUGCCCACCUGUCAUUGACUCCAAACUAUUGUGUGAAGGCCCUGAUCGCCAGCUGGUGUGAGCAGAAUGAUUUUCCAGUUCCUGAUGGUCCACCAGGAUCUUUUGAUGUAAAUUGGAGACUUGCUUUCUCAGACACUGAGGCUACAGGUUGUGUUCCUGUUGAAAAUUUUGAUUCUACCAAUGUGAAGAGUGUCAAGGUUGUCCCAAUGAAGAAUAUGAGAAAGGAGGAGCCGGCAAACAGUGAGUCAGGAAUGCUGGAUGACAGCUCUUGUAACGAUUUCGAUUUGAAUGAGGGCUAUGGGAACUUGCUGCUCUUACUUCAUGAAAGAAGCAACAUGAACAAGCAGUGUGGGUUGGUGGAGCAGAUAAGGUAUCUUUUGAAAGACGACGAAGAAGCAAGGAUCCAGCUGGGCUCAAACGGGUUUGCCGAGGCGCUGGUUGAGUUCUUGAGAAAUGCCGUGACUGAUGGAAAUGAGAAGGCACAGGAAGUUGGCGCCAUGGCUCUUUUCAACCUCGCAGUGAACAAUAACAGAAACAAGGGACUCCUGUUGUCUGCUGGAGUUGUCGACCUACUCGAGCAGAUGAUAUCAAAUCCACAGCUAACUGGUCCAGCCACGGCACUGUACCUUAACCUUUCCUGCCUACCUGAUGCGAAGGCUGUCAUCGGUUCAAGCCAGGCAGUGUCAUUCCUAGUUGACCAUCUGUACAGCCAAGAGGCCGGCGACACGAAAAGCAGCUCCUGCAAGCAUGACGCCCUGUACACAUUGUACAACCUCUCGAACCACCAGGCCAGCGUCCCAGCGCUCCUUACUGCAGGCAUUGUGGAUGCUCUUCACUGUCUACUCACCGAGUCUCCCGCAACGGAGGGCCUCGGUUGGACAGAGAAGGCCUUCGCUGUGCUCAUCAGCCUCGCAGCCACCCAGGCGGGCAGGAAGGAGAUCAUGUCCACCCCGGGUUUGGUCAGCACAUUAGCAAUGCUGCUCGACACAGGUGAGCCGACAGAGCAGGAGCAGGCUGUGUCGUGCCUCCUGGUGAUGUGCACGGCUGAUGACAAGUGCAUAGCGCCAGUGCUCCAGGAAGGAGUGGUCCCGUCCCUUGUGUCCAUCUCGGCGGCCGGUACUGGGAGGGGCAGGGAGAAGGCCCAGAAGCUUCUGAAGCUGUUCCGGGAGCAGAGGCUUCUCUUUUCCACUAUCUUUAUGCUGGUGCAUGGAAUCACAGGGGACGGCCGAUGCCUGUUCAGGUCCGUUGCUUACGGCGCAUGCUUGAGGAGAGGAAAGCAGUCACCCAGCGACAGCGCGCAGAAGGAACUGGCUGACGAGCUUCGAGCGAAAGUGGCUGAUGAGUUUGUCAAGAGAAGAGGAGACACUGAAUGGUUCCUCGAAGGAGAUUUCGAGAGCUACGUGCGAAAGAUGAGAAAACCGCAUGCUUGGGGAGGAGAACCUGAACUGCUCAUGUGCUCCCAUGUUCUCAGGAUGCCCAUCACGGUUUACAUGUAUACAAGUAGCUCUGAUAGCCCCAGGAUCAUAGCGGAAUAUGGCCAGGAAUAUGGCAAGGACAAUCCAGUCCGUGUUCUCUAUGAUGGUUAUGGGCACUACGACGCACUUCAGCCAUCUCUUGAGAGGUGUGUAGAUAACCGGAGGUUGCGUUACCUGAGUUUCUUCUAUAGGACAGCUGCAUAAGUGGCAGCAGCUCAAGAUUCACCGACGUGGUUUUGCCCAGAUUGACAAACAUAUGCAGUAGCACACAUGAAAUUCAGCCUCGAUUGGCUGCUCUGGCCUUUCCUUUUCUUCAAGGAUUGAUGUAUAAAUAAACUUCAGCCGCAGUAAGAAAAUUAAUGGAAUGGCCUUAUACCAUUUUUA